UAUACUACUAGAUUGUUUUUACUGAUAAAUCGAGUAAAGGCGCAUAAAUGUAACAUAUCACAUAAUUUUAUUUUCUGCAAUACAUGGUGCUCAUGUGAUUACUUGAAUCCAACUUGUCUGUGUACAUGGGCAUCAUGUCUGUUCACUCAUCUUAGUGAACCGCAAUCUAAAAAAUGGAAAUAAAUGGGAGGAAAUCAUAACAAGUUGAAUAUUUUCCUACUUUUCCAAAAAAAAAAAAAAAUAAAUAAAAAAUAAAAUAAAAUAAUAAUAAUAAUAAAAAUAAAUAAAUAAAUACAGGGAAGAAAAACACCAAAUCCACGAAGCACGCAAAACCCGAAGGCUGUAAAGCCAGCAACAGUUGCACCAAGGCUGGAGGAAAGUGUCGGAAGUCCUGCAAGGGGCAACCGUUGGAGGAGGACUGCCCAGGCAACUGCAAGUGUUGCAAGGCCAAAGAUAAGAAAAGCACCAAAUCCACGAAGCACGCAAAACCUGAAGGCUGCAAAGCCAGCAACAGUUGCACCAAGGCUGGAGGAAAGUGUCGGAAGUCCUGCAAGGGGCAGCCGUUGCAGGAGGACUGCCCAGGCAACUGCAAGUGUUGCAAGGCCAAAGAAACACAGGUCAAACCGAAAACUGCCAUGAACGAUAACAAAAUUCAAGAAAAGAGGAAGAGAUGCAAGAACAGGAAGAAGAAAUGCAGAAAACGUGGUGGAAAAUGCGACGAAAAUUGCAAUCCAAAUCGUGUGAUAAAGAUAUUUUGCAAGAAAUCGAAACCUUGUGUUUGCUGUGACAAAAAUAAAUGUUCCGCGAAAAAUAAAAAGAAAUGUGAUAAAUUCAAAGGCUCUUGCAAGAAGAAAUGUGGCUCCAAGCAACGUGAGAUUGACGGAGGAUGCAAAGGUAAAAAAUGUGUUUGUUGCGCCAAGAAAUGCAGGGAAAAAGAGUCAUGCAAAGAAGCAGGAGGAGAGUGCGUCACCUACAAGAGGAACUGCGAGCAUGGAGUGAUUGUAGGUGGUUGCAAAGGCAAGAAAUGCGCCUGUUGCAAGCCAGCUCCAACACCUGCACCAUCAACAACGGCUCCGUCACCUGCAUCGCCAACAGUAGUUCCAACACCUACAGCGGCUCCAACAACUGUUCCUCCAACACCUGCGCCGCAAACAGAGGCUCCAACGUCUGUCCCACCAACAGCAGCUCCAACACCUGCACCACCAACAGCAGCUCCAACACCUGCACCGCCAACAGCGGCUCCAACAUCUGCACCGCCAACAGCAGCUCCAACAUCUGCACCGCCAACACCUGCAACAACAACAGCGGCUCCAACACCGGCAACACCGGCUCCACCACCUACAACAACAAUAGCAGCUCCAACAUCUGCACCAUCAACAGCGACUCCAACACCUGCAACGCCAACAGCGGUUCAAACACAUGCACCAUCAACAACGGCUCCAACCCCACCACCAACAAAUGCUCCAACAACCGAAGUGCCGACAACAGGUGCUCCAACAACAGAUGUCCCAACUACAAAUGCUCCAACAUCUGCACCAUCAACAGCGGCUCCAACUUCUGCAACAACAGCUACACCAAGAAAUGCACCAACCGAUGGACCGACAACAGAUGCUCCAACAACUACAACAGCGGUUGUCCCAUUAACAGCUGCUCCAACAACAGAUAUAUCAACAGCAGACGCAUUGACAAUGGAUGCUCCAACAACAGAUUCACCGACAACAGAUGCUCCAACAGAUGAACUGACAACGGAUGCUCGAACAACUGAUGCGCCGACAACAGAUGCUCCAACAACUGAUGCGCCGACAACAGAUGCUCCAACAGAUGAACUGACAACGGAUGCUCCAACAACUGAUGCGCCGACAACAGAUGCUCCAACAGAUGCACCUACAACAAAUACCCCAACAAGUGUACUGACAACGGAUGCGCUAACAACAGACGCCCCUACAACAGAUGGACCUACAAGCGCUCCAACCGGGACCCCAGCCGAUGCUUCAACGGGAACGUCAACCGGCGCUUCGACAGUAUAGAAGUCUAAGCAACGCCCAACCUCCAUUGGUUUCAUUCUAUUAAUCUGCCUUUUUCAACAUUUUGCUGAGAGCGGAAAAUAAUUAAUUUGGCAUUUUGGAUUCGGUAAAAUUGUAGCAUGAUCUUGUGGCUAUCUUUCUUCCUUACCCUCAAAAUUUGAAAUCUCAGGUGGAGAGAAAGAAGGAAGGGAGGAGGCAAUAAAAUAGACAGCGAGGAACACGGGAUCACGAAAUAUGUUUCGACAUACAAGGUUAUGAAAAUAUCAGUUACUUUUCAUAAUUCCACUCUAAAUAAAUACAAUAAUAACAAUUAACAACUUAAUAUGCGACUAUGAUUUUGAUUAGAAGCAAAUCAUGGGAGCUUUAAAUAAAUAAAAAGAACAUGACAAUCUGCGACUGCGAUUUACGAAUAUACUAUUUAUGUACAUACCACUUCGCUUCGCAAGGCUGUGGAGACUUUCCAGUGUAUAUUUCAGAUUCAGACGGACCAUUUUUUUAUUUUUUUUACUUAUUAUAUACAUUGUCCUUAAUUUGGAAGAUGAAUAUGUUGCUUGAAGUUUUGCAUCUUAUCAUAUCCACCGCAAGUGAGCUCCAUGUUCACAUACGGCCUUUUUUUCUAGCAUUUCCGAAACCCCUAACGCUUUGAUACACAAUUUCCCUUUAUUGGAACCUGUUGAAACAUCUUUUCGUUAUGUUCGUAUCAGUUUGUAUAGCACU